AACGAUCGUUCACGUCUUGCUGUCGCUGUCAGUGCCCUUUACAAACAACAGCGAGUAAGUUACUUUUUCUAAAAAAAUUGCAACAAUCUUAUCGGAGCACUCUCAUUAUUAAUAAGUUUUUUUUAUACUCGCAACAACUUAACUUCUUGGGCAUAGAGAACUGGAUAUAGGGGAAAUAUAGAGUGUGCAGAGAAAAGGAGUAAUUCAACUGAGAGCAAGUUUAUCCACCACAACGGAGAGCCCCAGGCAGACGGGGCCACAAGCUCGUGUUUCGGUGAAGGACAACGCUCCUUCCACCAAGCGACGCUGGGUCCCACCUUCUACACUGAGACAUCAAGAUGCCCUUACGCCAGAAUCACGUAACGACCUGGUGUUCCGCAAAGUCCGCGGCAUUCUCAAUAAACUCACACCAGAGAAGUUUAAGAAGCUGAGCGAUGAUUUGUUGCGUAUAGAACUACAAUCGAAUGUCAUCUUGAGGGGUGUCAUCUUUCUCAUAUUCGAGAAGGCCCUCGACGAACCGAAAUACUCGUCUAUGUAUGCGCAGUUGUGCAAACGACUGUCAGAAGAGGCACCUAAUUUCGAAUCCCCCAAUCAACCCACCACCUUCAGAGUUCUCUUACUUAAUAAGUGUAAACUUGAAUUCGAAAACCGAGCGGCCGCCCUCGAAAACAAUGGCGCUUCGUACGCAGCCGGUUUUGGCGGGGCGAAUUCCGAAGAGGAGGAAGAGAGAAGGCAGAUCGCCAAAAGGAAAAUGCUCGGCAACAUCAAGUUCAUCGGCGAAUUGGGAAAAUUGGAAAUACUAUCGGAAAAUAUAUUACACCUUUGCAUCAAAGAGUUAUUGGUUAGACGUGGCGACGAUUUUUCCGAGGACCUCGAAUGCCUCUGUCAAAUUUUGCGGACCUGCGGCCGCAUCUUGGACACCAACAAGGGUAAAAACCUCAUGAACCAAUACUUUGAAAGAAUGAAAAUGUUGGCCGAAAGUCAAGAUUUACAACCGAGAAUCAGAUUCAUGUUGAAAGACGUGAUCGAUUUAAGAGACAAUGGAUGGGUGCCGCGAAAGGCAGUCAUUGUUGAAGGUCCUAUGCCUAUAAAUCACAUUAAACCAGCGGAGGACGAUCGUCCUGUCGGUUUUAGAAGAGACCGUAACCACGAUAGAGACCAAGAUAGACCAAAUAUACCAGAUUUAUUCCGUCAUCCGAUGAAGACCAGGUCUGGUCUCGAUGACAUGCUUAUGGGUAUUAAUUUGACACCAUCUGCCCCGUCUCUAAUACCCACUGCCCCACCAUUCGGGGCCCACAACGGAUUCGGCAGUCAGAGGGACGGAAGUUACAGAGGACACAAUAACCAACGCAGCGGCGCCUACAAUUACAACAACCAAAGGGGGCAGUACAAGCACAACCAGAACAAUUCUCAAUUCAACCAGUCUAACAAGGAACUAGCGCCGCGUUUUAAGAAGAGUAAUUUGAUAGUUGGAAAGGACGAAAUGGCGGAUGUCGAAUUGAGACCUAAUUCGAUGUUGAUAACGAAAGCUUCUUCGUUGAAAAACAACAAUAUGAUGAAUAAUAACAAAAGUUUAGAACCCACUUUCGCCCAACCGACGACUAAGCAACCCCCGUCGACUUUACUCAAAGAUCCAUUACCGAUAAAACAAUUGCCUGCGGAGAAACCGAAGCAGUCCAAAAAAGACAAAGGUCCAAAUAAGGAGGAGGUGUUGAAGAAGUUCAAUACUUUGAUAGAGGAAUUCUGGAAGGGCGAAGUAGAUCUCAAACAAGCUAUUAAUUCUUAUAAAGAACACAAAGUUCCCGAUAAAUUUGCCAAAGAAAUGGUCUUGAGUGGAUUAUCGACUGCUUUAGAAAAGUCCGAUGUCGAACAAGAAAAACUAAUCAGAUUCCUGAGUAAUUUGAAAGAAGAUAAUUUGAUAAGUGGUAAUACUGUACAAGACGCAUUCAAAUCGUUGUGUAACGUUUUGGAUGAACGAGAAAAUGAGAUAACGAAAGUAACGAAUUCAGCUUCGGUUUUAUUCGCUACUGCAAUUUGCGAACAUUUGGUACCGCUGUCGGAUGUGGCGAAUUUGACUGAAAACGGCGCUCACCAUCCGCUAUUCUUGUUGGUAUUGCAGAAUAUACACAAGAAGAGAGGUAAAAGCGAAUUGUCGGAGAUGUUUAACAAGAGCAAGAUCAACUUGAUGUCACAACUUCCUGAUAACGACAAAACGAAAGAACGUCUUUCGGAAAUAUUAGAAGAAAGAGAUCUGACGUUCUUGUAUCCGCUUUUGCGUAUCCAAGCUGAUCUGGCACGUCAACUACAAGCGGACCCUAAUCCGCAAGCUUUCUAUAAAUGGAUCAAAGAAAAUUUGGAACCAUCGAAUUUUAACGAUCCCGGUUUCAUUAACGCUCUCAUGACCGUAUUAUUAAAAUAUAUUACUCAGGAAUCUUCUGCUUGCGGCGAUGAAAAAGCUAUUAUAGAAAAAGAAAGUGGCCUUCUAAAACGGUACCAACCUAUUCUGACGGCUUUUUUACGGGACAAAUCCAGUUUGCAAUUGGUAGCGCUCUAUUCACUACAGAUGCAUUUCCAUUCCCUGGGAUUCCCCCGUGGACAGUUGUUAAGAUGGUUCAACGCUCUAUACGAUAUGGAGAUUGUUGACGAAGAGGCGUUUUUAAAUUGGAAAGAAGAUGUAACAGAUGCGUAUCCGGGCAAGGGUAAUGCUCUAUUUCAGGUUAACCAGUGGUUGACGUGGUUACAAGAAGCGGAAUCUGAAGAAGAGGAAGGAGACGAUUGAAGUAGGAAUUAAAAAUAAAAAAUUAAGUGGCGUGAUUCUCGCAUAAUAGUAGAAGUUAAAAAAAUGAUAAUUUAAGUUAUUAAAAAGAAGAAUAAACAGUGUGGGGCAAAUAUCGUCUCAAUUUCACUUUAUUUUGUUAUCUCGACAAAAAAUUUCUCGUCUUUAUUUACGGACUUUUAAUUUUUUUCGUAAUUUACUAUGGUAAUUUUGGGCAUUGUUUUCUCUUUAAGAACAAUUAAAUAGUAUAAAUAAUGUUUAAGUCAAUUGUUGCUAGGAAAUAGUAGUUUUUAAAUUCGUUUUUUUUUGUAUAUUAAUUAAAUUAGUGAUUAAAAUUAUGUUUUGUAUUCGACCGUGUUAUUGGUUAGGUUUCGUGUUAAAAGUUCAGUCAAAACCAUUUGAGUUUUUAGUUUUAAAAUAUAAUCUGAAAACAACGUUUGCAUUUUAAAAUUUACUUCAUUUUAUUAUGAAUUAGAACGGAUUUAAUUUGAAGGGGUAAAAAAUAUUACUUAAAAAAUUGAUUUUUGAACAAAUACUUCCAUAAAUAAUGAAUAAUUCAAAUUUGUAACUUAGUGAUUGUUGGGGAAUCAUUCUACUCUAAGUAUUUUUAUGGAAUCGUAUAAACUCGAUACAAUUAAACUACCUUGAAGUAUCUUUUUGAUUCAUUUGAACUACCAUUCACAAUAAUAACAACCAACAACGACAAUUUUUUGUAAAGAUCGAUAUUUUUUCAUUUUUUUAGAGAUUUUUAAAUAUUCCACAUGGAUGAUUUGUUCAAGACAAAAAAUUUGAAUCCAUUUUGUUUGUGUUUUUGAAAAAACACAAACAAUUACUAGCAAUUUUGAUGAAUCAAAAGGUGGAUUCAAACUUGAUACAAUUGAAAUACCCUGAAAUAUCUGUUUGGUUCAUUUGAACUACUGCCAAUACUAAUCACUAAUAAUUUUAAUGAAUCAUACUGUGGAUUCAAACUUAAUACGAUUAAACUACUCUGAAGUUUUCAAUUUUAACUUUUUUUCUACGUUUUCGAGACAUUGAGAUAGUUUUUUAAUUAUUUUGUAUAUCUCAAAUUCAUUUACUUGGAUUUCUAUAAGAAUUUUAAUGAACUGAUAGAUUUACAUAUAAAUAUCCUUUUGGUACAUUUGAACUACUGCCUAUACUAAUAACAAAUAGCAAUUAAAGUUUCGAAGGAUUUCAUGCCAAUAUUUUAUUGUCAAACGUGUUUCGAUUGAAUUAAAAAAAAAAUCUUCAUUUUUUGAAUAGUUAAUAUAAAAAUAAUUGCAAUUAAAAAUGAGGGACGAUUUUGAAAAAACUAUUUCAUAAAUUGCAUUAUAGAAUGAAAUUUUCAAAAAUUGAAGAGCCCAAUAGUACCAGACCCACUAAACAAAAGAGGCGGUUGAAAUUUUUUGUGAGACCCUUAGGUUGAAUUAUUUAGUUAAUAAUUUUUGUGUGCGCGAACGAUUUAUGUCUAACGAACUCUUAGUGGAAUUUUUUUAUUGUAAAAUUUAAAAAAAAUAAGUUGAUCUUAAUUAAUAAUGUUUCCUAUUUGUGACAGAUAUUUUAUUUUCAUUGAAUAGUUAAAGAUGUAGAUCUGUAAGUCGGCGAUAGUGUCGUCUCAUCUCGGUAUUUCGAGUUUUUGUUUUUUCAUUUUUUUUUCUGUAAAUGGGUAUUUAAUUUAUGAAUCAGCCGUUAUACACAUUUUAUAUGAUAUAAACAAAGUAAAAACAUAUAAACAAAUAAUUUCUUGGUGAAAGAUUAGCACAUAAAACUACUUAUCGUGCUCUAACCAUAAUUUUUCUUUAAUAGAGCUUCUCUAUUGCUUAUCGAAUAAGAAAAUAAAGAAACACAUGGGAGAAGUGAGGAGAUCGAGCUAUAAAUGAGAAAGAUAAAGAAUUUGCAAUAAAAGGAAUUAUGUAUUGAAACUGCUAUUGUAUACAGAAGGAAGUAGGUCACGUCCUUUUAUUAUUGACCCUCUUAACUCUUUUAGUUGUACUUUAACCACAAUUUUUUUCAAUAUAGUUUCUUUGUUUUCUUAUUCGAUAAGCAAAAGAGAAGCUGGAUCGAUAAAAAAUUAAACUCGAAACAAAAUUAGAGAGCCUACAAUAUUAGUAGGUUACGAAAAGGCUACUUCUUUUUAUUGUAGAUUUUUUUUUAGUUGUGUUCUAACCAUGAUUUUUCUUCGAUAACAAGUUUUCUAUCAGUAGUUUCCUCAUUCUCCUAUUGGAUUGGGAAAUUUAAUAUUUUUUGUGCAAAUUGACAUAUUGUUAUAUUUUAUAGGAUUUUUUAUUGAUAUUUUGUUUAUAUCGAAUAAGUUGUAAUAUUUUUUUUGUCGGAUGAGACUUCACAUUACAGCUCAUCGCUCAGGUGAAUGUAUUGAAAAAAUGAGCUUUUUUAUUCUGUAAUACUUUUAUAUACAUAUGAAAAAAAAGAUGUGUUCUGUUUGUUUAUGUAACUCAUGUUUAAGUAACGUAUUUUCUCAAGUAUUUUUUUUCUUUAUAGUCAGUUUCCCGUACCCUUAGAUUAUUUAAUAACGUGUCUAAAGAAAAAGAACUAUACUGUGAAACUUUUGUGUUUAAUAAAUUAAUCGAUGGUAUUUUGCUAUCGAUGUCGAUUUUA